AUGAAUUUCACCAACGAUACCUAUGUGACAAACUCUUCAGAGCUGGAGGGAAAUGAAGAGAGUCUAGCUUAUCAAACCAGUUUGGCAGUGAUUCUCUUCGUUUUCACACUCGCCACUACUUUAUCCAACGCAUUUGUCAUUGCAACGAUUUAUCAGUCGAAAAAACUGCACACUCCAGCAAACUUUCUUAUAGCGUCUCUAGCUGUCACCGACCUCUUGGUGUCCAUUUUGGUGAUGCCAAUAUGCGUCCUGUACACGGUGAGUCACACCUGGACUUUGGGACAAGUUAUAUGUGACAUUUGGUUAUCCUCAGAUAUAACAUGUUGCACUGCUUCUAUCCUUCACUUAUGCGUAAUCGCUUUGGAUCGAUACUGGGCAAUAACAGACGCCGUUGAGUACUCCAAAAAGCGCACGCCAGCGCGCGCGGUGGGGAUGAUCGCGACUGCCUGGGUCAUCGCAAUCUGUAUCUCCCUGCCUCCGCUUUUCUGGCGCCAGGUGAAGGCAGAGGAGUUGACUGAAUGUAAUGUCAACACGGACCACAUUUUCUACACUAUUUACUCCACGUUUGGAGCAUUCUACAUCCCCACUUUACUGCUUAUCGUGCUUUAUGGAAGAAUAUAUGUGGAAGCCCGUAAGAUCAUUUUGAAACAGUCACCCAAAAAGGUAGGGAAAAGACUUACUUCAGCGCGCCUGGUCACGAACUCCCCUGGAUCUGUGGCAUCGACAUCACCUUUGCAGUGUGGAAGACAUGAUACCCACUCCGCCGCUAGGGAAAGGAAAGCGACCAAAACAUUGGGAAUAAUAUUAGGCGCAUACAUUAUAUGCUGGUUACCCUUUUUCAUAUACACCCUGGUGGUGGCCACCUGUGAAACUUGUUUUUACCCCGAGUUGUUUGACUUUUUCAAUUGGCUUGGUUAUCUCAACUCGUUAAUCAAUCCAAUUAUAUAUACCAUGUCCAAUGAUGACUUUAAAAAAGCUUUCCAUAAACUCUUGCGCUUCAGAUCCAAACACACAGCAGAGCGGCGCAGCAGAGCGGAGCACCAGAGCGGAGCACCAGAGCGGAGCACCAGAGCGGAGCAGCAGAGCGGAGCACCAGAGCGGAGCAGCAGAGCGGAGCACCAGAGCGGAGCACCAGAGCGGCGCACCAGAGCGGCGCACCAGAGCAGAGCAGCAGAGCAGAGCAGCACAGCAGCGCACUCGUGGAUUUUCACCAGGCUCAUCACUCAUGACCGAUGA